AUGCGGUUUUCUAGACUUUUUCUAGGCUUCAUCCUGCCGGCUUUCGAGGCGUCGACGUCAAUAAUACCACCUCUGGAAAAGAGUGGAGCAUUAGUAUCCCAGCUGCAGGGAAAUCUCACAAUCCCACAGGACAGCCGAACAGCAUGGCAAGGAAAUCAAACGAUCUUAGCUGCACCCUCAUCAUUCAAGCCAGAAAAUACGGAGACAUCUUCUUCAAGCCUAAUGGAAGCGGACCUAGUCAGCUCGGAUCAGAAUAUCUCAGACCUUUUCAGAAAAUCAGCGCAAAAUCACGAUAGCGCUAGGACGAUUAACAGCAAAACUUUUUACGCAUGGCGGGUUGUCUGUCCCACACACCAGCGGAUGAGGUACAUCAUGAACCCAGAUCCUGAAGCUUAUCCCAAGAUAGGAGGACGCCGGCGCCCGAAUCCUAAGGACAGAGUCGAACAAGAUUCAUUUCGUUAUGGCAAAUUCAAUUGUGAAGCUUGUCGUUGUUCUGAUGACGGCGACAUAAUAGCAAACCCUAGUCUGCCUGUUGUUAAAGGCGGCCCAGGAAAAAGGGGCCGGUGUAGAAUGGCAGAUUUCACUCCAAAAUGCACAGCCUGGUUCGGUGAGUUAGCCAUGGGAGGUCAAACGUAA